UCAGAAUUCCAAUUCCAAUUGCUUUAAAAAAAAAGAAUUCCAAUUCCAAUUCGUCUCCGUCUUCCGAGUUCCGACUCCGCCGCCUGUACGGAUGCCCAUGGCCUACCCUACCGUUGCUUAAUCCCCGGCUCCCUCCUCCGCGGCUUCCAUGCCCUAAGCUAGUUGCUGCUGCUGCUUUGCUUCAGGCCAGGGUUUUCCUUCGUCCCCUCGCCAAUCGCAGCCAAUUGCUUUCCCCAAUUGCAGUUGCCGCUGAUCUAGGCUAGGGUUUCCCCAGCGGCCACUCCGGCUCUCGGCAGAUUGAAAUUGAACUAGCUCGCCGCUUCCUUGAGCAAUCGAAUCCAAUCAAGUCCGAUCGGGGAUGGCCACCACCCAGUUCGCCAUGGUCGAGGAGCUGGCCUCGCUCAUCAAGGACAACCUGCACAGCAAGCACCUCAUCCUCUCCACCGAGGAGGCCCUCAUCGCCGCCCUCCAGCAGCUGCGCUGCGCCGACGACGGCGACAGCGACGGUGGAGAGGAGGACGGUGCGGCGGACACCAUAGAGCUCCGGCCCGCCGGGGCCUACCACCGCCUUCUCCUGCAUCGCCUUGCUGAAAUCUACGGGUUCGCUCAUGAAUCGGUUGGUGAAGGCGAGGAUCGGCACCUGGUCCUCCAGCGCUGCCCUGAAACAGCCAUCCCUCCUGUCCUUAUUAGUGAUAUGUUAUGGAAGUUUGACAACAGUGAUGAUUCCACAUCCGUUGAUGAUUCCAUAUCUGUUGUGCUAACCAGAAAUGAUACAGAUUCCCAAAAGCCUUGCAAGGUAGAUGUCCAAGAAGAUACUUAUGUUAAAAAUUCGCAUCUGAAAGACACUACAGAUUUGAAGCCUCUGAAGCAGUCAGCGGUUUUUCCGGCAGCAUCACUGAAGGAAAGGGAAGCUGCUUAUCGGGCUGCCCGCGAGCGAAUCUUCUCUGGAGAUGAUGCCAAGGGAAAUGAUAAAUCAUAUGUGAAAUGUAGACAGGUCCCUGUUGUUGCUCAACGGAUGAUUGCACAUGCUCUUGGUCAAAAAGUUCAAAAUCCCACAGAGACAGUUGCCUCGACAGAAGGCAGAGGAAAACAGCUGGCGAAUGGGCCAAAAGUUCCGACACGUAGCAGGAACAACUUCUACCCAGUUGCACCAGAUAAUGGAGAAGAGAAUAAUGUUCGAAUUGGUAAGCCAAAGUCAGCCAGUAGGAAUUCAUAUCAAACUUCAACCAGCCAAAGGUGCUGCACUGCCAACAGUAGAGCUGCUACAGCUGAGAGCUUGAAGAAAGAACAGACUGGAGCAGCUAGAAGAAUGUUUGCACAUGCACUGGGGCUGUCUGCAGCUCAAGGAAGUUAUGGUGCACUGCCUAAACCGAAGUAAAGAUCCAGAGAUGAGAUGUCGUGAAUUGGAGAAAGAAGCUUGCCAAUGCAUGCUAUCCGCGCUCUUUAUCCAGUCAUGCAUAUGGCGUGGGAUGAAUCUGUGAUGGUUGGUGCUCUUUUAAGUCCAUCUGCUGCUUCUGCGAAAUGAUGUUUGUGAUGUUGGUAGUAGAUGGAAGGUCUUCUUGGUUGGAUGUUAACUAUUGGACCGACAGAAAGGAUGAAUCUUUGAUGGUGCUCUUUUAAGUCCAUCUGCUGCUUCUGUGGAAUGGUGUUUGUGAUGUUGGCAGUAGAUGGAAGGUCUUCUUAGUUGGAUGUUAACUAUUGGCAGACAGAGAGGGUAUGUGACCCUUGUUGGAAGAAGAGCGUAGUUGGCCACACCCUUGAUUGAAGCAGCAGCCUCAAGGCCUAAGCUUAGUUGGGGAAAGAGCUUGCGGAUGCACAUUGCAUGCGGAGCUGAGCUGUGCAAGUGCUUCACUGGAGUGGAAGAAACAUUGUCGUCCUUGCUUAUACUGUGUUGUGUUUUUAGCUCCAGGUUGUAAUGUGUACUAGUAUGUGUUUUGGAAAGACAUGUCAUAAUACUACAAUUAAACUUGCUGUAUUUACAUUGUAUUCGUUCAAUUUGUUGAUUCGACUUA